CACACACACACACACACACACAUAUACACGCACACACACACACACACAGAGACAGCUCUACGUGUCUUGCCUCUGAUCUUUCUGAUGUGCACAGUUACAGUAACGCCGCCUCCUGACGCCAUCACUGCACCAACCAUCCCAGACACCUCAUCAGCAAGCUCAGUCACUGUGGCAACGGAUGCAAGUGCUACGGUGACCAGCUCCAUUUCUGUGGAUGCUGGACCGAUUCCCACAGUAACCGACACGACCACGGUGGCAACUUAUGGGGCACCUUCAGCAAUGACAACCACUCAGAUGGCGAACACUUUGACCGUCGUCCUAGCAACGGAUGUGGCUAGCCCGACGACCAGCGUUCCUCCAAGAGACAUAGACACAGUGGCUGAUGCUAUUCCUGUUGCAACUGAAGUGGCUCCCCUAACAACGGCUGGUCCUACAGGAGCUGGUACCUCUCCUCUAGGAAACAUGGUUUCCCAGGCAACUGAUACUCCUGCAGCCACUGACCCAGUGCUCCAGGCAUCCACGGUUGGGCCUUCCACAGCCAGCACUCUUCCUCAGUCUACAGCUGCUGGUUCCCAGUCUACUGAUGUUGCGCCUGCACCAACAGAUGCUGUUUCCCCUGCAACUGUUCCUGUUCCCAUAGCAACUGAUACUGUCCUUCCAGUAACCGAUGCCCUUCCACCCCCAACUAAUACUGCUGUACCAGUAACCACCAUUGCUCCCAUAGCAACCAACACGAUUCCUGUUGCAACGACCUUUCCCAUAGCAACUGAUAGUGCUAUAGUAACAGAUGCUGUUCUUGUAGUAACAGAUGCUGUUCCUGUAGCAACGGAUGCUGUUCCUUCUGCAACUGACAUGGCUCUGCCAGCAACUGAUGCUGCUCCUCAGGCAACCAAUGAUGCUGUUCCUUCAGCAACUGAUGCUGCUCCUCAGGCAACCGAUGAUGCUCCUCAGGCAACUGAUGCUGCUCCUCAGGCAACUGAUGCUGUUCCUCAGGCAACUGAUGCUGCUCCUCAGGCAACUGAUGAUGUUCCUCAGGCAACUGAUGCUGUUCCUCAGGCAACUGAUGCUGCUCCUCAGGCAACCGAUGCUGCUCCUCAGGCAACCGAUGCUGCUCCUCAGGCAACUGAUGCUGUUCCUUCAGCAACUGAUGCUGUUCCUUCAGCAACUGAUGCUGUUCCUUCAGCAACCGAUGCUGUUCCUUCAGCAACUGAUGCUGCCCCUCAGGCAACCGAUGCUGCUGCCCCAGCAAUCGAUCCUGUUCCUCCGGCGACAGAUGUCGUUACACCUGCUGUACCUGAAGCCCCAGCCCCAGACAUGGUGGAAUCAGGUGGAGGGAAGGAUGGAGCGGGAAGAGAAGCGAACAACUCAGAAAGCACCGCUUCAAAUAAAGAGGAAGAGAAAUCAGUUACUGGCAACAGUGAGAAGAGCAAUGAAACUCCAGGCAACAGGGGCGAGAGCAGGGAGGCCAAAGAGGAAGUGAAAGAGAGCAAAAAAAAAAAGAAAGAGAAAAAUAUUGAUAAGAAAGACUUUGAGAAAAAAGGUAUUCUGCUAGUAGUUGGUGCUUUUGUGUGUGUUUCGUGUGUGUGUGUGUGUGGCUUGUGUUCUUCCCAGGCGAAGGCACAAGAACAGCAAAUAGACUUCAGCCCAGUCCCCCGUGUCUCAGUAUUAGCAGUCCUCCUCUCCUCUCAACUCCGUUCGCAGACACGGCAUGUGUGAUUAUCACAUGAGAUCAUGUCCUCUUGUCUAUUGCACGAGCUACGAGAUGCAUCACCUCCCCGCCCCAAAUGUUAAUGCAUUCGGAUCCUGUCUCACAAGCAGGUCAAUAUUCCCUGAAUAUUUCCACUGCGCAGGCUUGUUAUUGACUGAAGAAUGGAGUUGAAGGUGGAGUUCUAGCUGCCUGCUCACCUCAGGCUGGCAGACAGGAUGAGCAGAGCAGAGCAGAGCAUAGCUGUCCUCAAAGAGGUCCUCUCGCUGUCCCGGUGACAGGUAAUUGGUAAAUGGACAGCAUUUAUAUAACGCUUUUCUACUCAUUAGAGCACUCAAAGGCUAAUGCCUCAGACAUCUACCCAUUCACACACCAACGGUGGAGGUUGCCACGCUUUGCACCAACCUGCUCAUCAGAAGCGG